UAUAAACCGGAUACAGAACGAUGAACACAUCCAAGACCAAGAAGAAGCAAGAAGAGGUUGGUACAAGGUUUCUUGGGGUGAGAAGGAGGCCUUGGGGAAGAUACGCAGCUGAGAUAAGAGACCCAACUACAAAGGAACGUCACUGGCUUGGAACUUUUGAUACGGCCGAGGAAGCUGCCUUGGCUUACGACAGAGCUUCUCGGUCCAUGCGUGGUACUCGUGCCCGAACCAACUUUGUCUACUCAGACAUGCCUCAUUCCUCCUCCGUUACCUCCAUUGUUUCUCCUGACGAUCCUCCUCCUCCACCUCCUGCUGCUUCUCCUACUUGUCCAAAUGAUCCUGUCGAUUACAUGCUGAUGUUUAACCAAUAUUCAUCUACUGACUCGCCAAUGCUGCAGCCUCAGUCUGAUCAAGUGGACAGUAGUAGUUACAUGUUUGGUGGCUCCCCUUCUUGUUAUUCUAACAGCAGCUGCGAGCUGCCUCCUCUGCCGAGCGACUUGUCUAGUUCUUGUUACAGCCAACAACAAUGGAGCGUGGGAGAUUUCUCCUCCGCUAACUAUUUCGAGGGUGAGUACGUCCACAGCCCAAUGUUCAGUAGAAUGCCUUCGGUUUCUGACUCUUUGACUCAUGGUUUCAACCACUUUGGUUCAUAUAAUUAA